GUCUUCAAACACAAGAAGAAGAGAGGAAGCGGAGGGAGAGGGUGGAAACAGCUACCCCACACUUGACUUCAUUGAAUGAGAUUCAACAUCAAUUAGCGUUUGUUUUGGUUCAGUGUUCUGCAUACAGAAUACGCUCACAUUCUGUUAGAGGAACGCGGAUAGAAAUUUUUACACCUCUACAGAUCAAGGACUGUGUUUGUUUGUAGGUGACGAGCUGGCGCAGGUUGUGGGUUUUUCUUGGAUAAUGCGAGACAGUGGUGGUAGCCUAGCCCAGAACCGCUGGCAGAGAGACCUGGGUCUGACCGCUGUGGGGCAGAACGACACAGGAGGAGGUGGGAUUCCAGCGGACCGCCUCAUAGUCCCAGUGUCAGAUCACAGUGUAUCCACCCCCAUGCACCUGAGACUGGAACAUAAAGAAAAGGUGUGGACGGGUGAAUAUGUAGUGGAUGAGGAAGAUGGCAUAGGUGGGACUGAAGCUGUAGGUGACGAUGAAGUUAACAACUUUGAUGGUGAAGACAUGGGUAAGUUUGACAGCAAGAGUUUGGAAAACAAUGAGGAUGAAGAUGUUGAAGAGGAUGGAGACCAGGAGGUGGAGGAGUGGGGAAUCUCAGAUUUUUCUUCCCAGUCUUCCGAGCACCUUCAUUCACAGCAGCACGAUCAUCAGAGACCAGAACAGAAGGCUGAAGAGAUCGGCGAGGCCCCCGUAGCUCACGCACUAAGCCAGGGUGAAGCGGGAGACUUGUUUAGGUCCCACCUAAGCAAGUACAGGGCUCUGAGAAGACUCGGGCGCUUGCAGCGUUUGCGGUGCCGUGGAGGUCUUGGAUUUCGGCUCUCUCAGCACUGGAAGAGCUGGCGCCAGCGGGCCCGGUGGAUGUGCUCCGUAAGACACAGGUGGAGCCACAAAGGGCAAAGGAACACUCAAAGAGAACAGAGGAGACUGAAACGGUAUGAGGGGCCCCCGUACAGGCACGAGGAGUAUGACGGCAGUGAUGACGGGCACACAGAGUCUGACAUAGAUCAGCAAAUAAACGGCUCCUCCUCAGGAAAGCAGGAGGACAGAGUGACCCUGGAGGCAGAGGUCAGGCCGGCAGAGCUGGCUCUUACUGAAGAACACACAAGUUGUGUGAAUGGUAUCCUGGAAGAGUCGCUACGGCAGUACGGCAGUUUGAUCCCCAUCCACGUGGAUGAUGUUGUGGAGAAACUUCAGGACAUCUUCAAUGAAAACUUCUCACACCCACACAGAAAAGCAGUGGUCCAACAUCUAAUACAGUCCUUCCAGCGCUCAUCAGGAUCUGUUGUAGCUAAAACCUUCAGAGUCAACUACAAACGGCAUGUUCUGACCAUGGACGACCUGGGCACUCUGUAUGGACAGAACUGGCUCAAUGACCAGGUGAUGAACAUGUACGGUGAGCUGGUCAUGGACUCUGUGCCAAAGAAGGUCGACAUCUUUCAGAAGGAUCUGUUGUUGAUCCCCAUCCAUCUUGAGGUCCACUGGUCGCUGGUCAGUGUUGACAUUCCUCGUCGAGCCAUCACCUACUUUGACUCUCAGAGGACUUUGAACAGGCGUUGCCCAAAGCACAUUUACAAAUACCUGCAAGCUGAAGCCAUCAAAAAAGACCAGCAAGACUUCCUGACAGGAUGGACCGGCUUUUUCAAAAUGAAUGUGGGCCGCCAGAACAAUGACAGUGACUGUGGGGCUUUUGUGUUACAGUACUGCAAGUGUCUGGCACUCGGGCAGCAGUUCAACUUUGGGCAGCAAGACAUGCCCCGCCUCAGAAGACAGAUGUACAAAGAACUGUGUCACUGCAAGCUUAUGGUGUGACCCUUCAUUUCCAUCGUUUGUGGCCAGCUACACCUGCUCCGUCCCUGAAAUCUAACAGGAUG